CUUAAUACAAACCGGCAAUGCGGUGUGAUUGUGAACUCGUUUGGCGGCAUUCUCAAGGACCAUUGUGUACCAGUCCUCCUUGAAAUGCAGCCAAAAGAUGCGAUGCGUAGUCGUUGUAUGUCACCGAUGUGUUAAGAACUUCUCCGAUAAACGUAAUAGCGUAAGAUAAAUCGCGGUAAACAGAAGCGGCAUUAUUCAAGAUGGAAAUCUUAUACGUUAUAUCUGACGUCCUGAGUAUUAUAACCAUCACUUUGUGCCUUGUUUUGAAAAUACCACAAAUUUUAAAUUUGCUGAAAGUUAAGAGUGCUGUUGGCAUUAACCUGUAUGGAUUACUUUUGGAACUGACAAGCUAUACUAUUAUGGCAAGCUACAAUUUUUGUAACGAUUAUGCAUUGCUAUCGUACAUGGAAUAUCCAAUAAUUUUGGUGCAAGAAAUUAUUUUAAUUUAUUUGGUACUGAAGUAUAAGAAUAUGGUGAACACGCUGAGUUUCGCAAUAUUCGGGAUUUAUUUAGGAUUGACAUCGGCUUUUCUUACCGGCGUACUACCAAAGACGAUUCUGUCGAUUUUAGUCCCACUAUGUACUCCUGUCUCAGCCUCGAGUAAAGUUGUCCAACUAUUGGAAAUUUUAAGAACCAAGAACGCAGCUUCUGUUAGCGUUUUGACCUGGUUUCUAUCCGCAUUUACUAAUCUCACACGUGUAUACACCAUCUUCCUAGAUUCGGCAGACAUUACACUUUUGUCGAAUUUUAUUAUAUCUGUGAUACUAAGCAGUUCUGUUAUGGUAGCUGCUAUUGUGUACAAGAAGCCAAAGACAUCUUAAACAGUAGUAAUUUUUCUAUGUAGUGUGCUGUUUUGAACAAUCUUAAUUCCUGCCAUAUGGAUUUGCUAUAAGCUUUUGUAGGUAAAUUAUCUAAGAAUCGGUUACCAACUCGGUGCUGACUAUAGACAUUACCAGAGCCAAAGCAAUUUGGUAAUAACACACUGCCUGACUGAUAGUAAUGAUGUAUAAUGCUUCCUUAGCAUUGCCAUUUUAGGAAGGACUCCACUUCCUGAGGAAGAAUGAGUUCCUUUCUCCUGUUUUUCUAGAUCUUGCUGUAUAAUGUAUGUGUGCUGUAACUUGAUACUUACUUCAUGAAGGAGGGAGCUGCUAUGAUCCCUGUCUCAUAGGUGGACUACUUUUCCUGUACAGGCAGUAUGUGAAACAAGCAUGCGCCUGAAGUGUAAUUGCUACAGUUUACAAAGUACUUCCAUACAAAGCUACCAUACACAGUGGCAGCUGGUGAUCAUGUGCUAAUGUGCUACAGCACACUAAACAUCACACUAAAAUUAUGCCUUUUCUCUUCAAAUGCUUGCCGGUGUGCAAAUGAAAUGGACAAAAACAUGUUUUGAGGCGCUCUCUCCAUGAUAACUGUAAACAGAAACCAGUGUUGAAAGUUGAAAUGAUGGUCAGUUGCACUACAAUAAACUCG